GAACUGCUCGGUUGUCUCUCCGGUGGUGGUAAAGACGAUGAAGAUGGUUGUGUCCCAUUUGGAGGAUGAGGUAUUGAAGAAGAUGAAGAUGGCUGCCUCAUUAUCGGAGUGUGAGGUCUUGAGGAAGAUGAAGAUGGCUGUGUCUCGAUCGGAGGACGAGGCCGUGAGGAAGAUGAAGAUGGCUGUGUCUGCAUUGGAUGGUGAGGUCUUGAGGAAAAGGAAGGUGGCUGCGUCUGCAUCGGAGUGUGUGGUCUUGAGGAAGAUGAAGAUAACUGCAUCGGAGGACGAGACCGUGAGAAAGGUGAAGAUGGUUGUGUCUGCAUUGGAGGGUGAGGUCUUGAGGAAAACGAAGGUGGCUGCGUCUGCAUUGGAGGGCGAAGUCGUGAGGCAAACAAAGAUGGUUGCGUCUGCAUUGGAGCGCGAGGCCGUGAGAAAGAUGAAGAUGGUUGUGUCUGCAUUGGAGGGUGAGGUCUAGAGGAAAACGAAGGUGGCUGCGUCUGCAUUGGAGGGCGAAGUCGUGAGGCAAACAAAGAUGGUUGCGUCUGCAUUGGAGCGCGAGGUCGUGAGGUAGAUGAAGAUGGAUGCGUCUGCAUUGGAGGAAGAGGUCGUGAGGUCGCUGAAGAUGGUUGCGUUUGGUUUGGUGUUUCGUCCGAACGUUGGGUCGCUACAAUAAUGAAACAACAAGAACAUGACGUGAGUAAUAAGAAAUCUAAAAUCCAGAAUAACUGUGUUACAAAGGAACCGACUUUGAUCCUUAAUUUUAGAGAUUCUUAAAACUACUCAUAUGGUUAAAGUUAUGUGUGUUGAUAAUAUUUUCUUACUGUUUUAGCUAGGUUUAAGUGAACAGAGUACUAGUGGAUUAUUGAAAUUAAAGACUUACAUUCAACAAUUAAAGGAGAAGUUGAUUCUUGAAAAGACAAUAAUGAAACAACAAGGACA